GAAUAGCAUGCGCAGAUCAACGCUAGAGGUACAACAGUACAUUUCUCCCCUUUUUUCUGUAGGAGCUACGCUCCGUGCAUAUCUAUCUGUCAUUGUAAAUCAUAGUCGCCUUUUUCAUUGCUUUUCCCCCUCUUUCUCCCCUCUUUUUCUUUUUAUUCUUUUUCUUCUUGUGUAUUCUUAUUCUUCGGAUAGUUAUCUUCCACUUAUUGAUUUACUUGGUGCUGCUUUCAUUUACAGUAACAAGUCUUUUCAGAUCAGUCAGGUGCUGACGUAAACCGAAACUGUUUUUAUUUUUUCUCUGUCACUCAUCAGCUGCGUGCCUCCACGACGCAGAGCCCGAUCGCUAUUUCUUUGUUCUCUCUAAAGCAAUUCUUUUUCUUCUUCUACUCCAUUUCUGCGUGUUUGGCUGUGACGUGUGUGAAUUUACUCUGUGUGUCAAAGAAGCUCUCACACAGGUAAGGUAGCGCGUCAACACGGUCCCCUCCACACAUACACACCCACACACACUGCGUGGUUUACUGCCUGGGAAGACUCUGUUUGAUCUUCUCCAGGCUGCGUCUCCGAGCAGAAGCCUGGUAAGACUUCGCAACUGAAGCGUUGCGCGUGUCGGACGUCUUGGUGGGAUUAUUUUUGCCUUAUUGAUAUUCUUUGCAAGCCUUGCGGCUGUCUCACGCUCAGGGAAAGGGUCACUUCGAAGGAGCGAAGAGCAUUUAGUUCUUUUCCGUGUUUUGGAAACGGCGAGGGCGAGAAGGUGCAAGCGAGGUGGGAGCUAACGAAAACACCGACUUCUGUUUUGUACUUUUAUCACAGCCGUUCCGAAACGGGGAGAGGCUGCGUUUGUGUGGGACACGCGAUUGAGCCACAAAAAGAAAGAAAGAAAGAAGGGAUCCGUUGCUUGUCUUUUUGCUCCACUCGUCAUUGUGAGGUUUCUUUCCUUCGUUAUUAGCAGCGUCCCGGCUUGCCUGUUUCUUUUCUUUGCAGAGCGCGUGCUUGUUUUUUCCUUUUCAUUUUUUGGCUAUUUUUUUUUUUAAUUCUGUUUCUGUAAUACAUCUUUUUAUAACCGAUUUGUUUUCUUGAAGUAUUAUUUCCGUUUGCCUCUUCUCUUUCUUUUCUUCCUGUCGUUGCUUUUAUUUAUCUGUUUUUGCUUUCCGCCCGACUUCGAAGCGUGCGGUGGCGAUCGAGGCCCCUCACGGCUGCGCGUCGAGACAACGUUGACUAGAAACGUCAACUACUAUCUUUUUUCGGGGGUUCAUCUUGUGCGGGGCUCCUUCUCGAGCUCGUUUCGUCCGGUGAAGCAAGCAAGCAGCAGAGGGUUAUAAAAAAAGAAAGAGAAAGGCCCUUUACCUCGGUAUAUUUAUAACCACUAACCACACCUUUUUUUUCCUCUUUCUCUCGCUUCACAUCAAGGAGCCGUAACUACUUUCUUUGAUAACUGUGCCCUUUUACUAUUAUUUUUCUUCUUCCCGGUUUCGUCUUCCUGGUAAAGGGAACUGCUGAUACAACUCGUACAGUGUUGCAGACUUCGGUAGGACUCCGUCUUUUCGUCCCCCACUCGCGAAGUCGGACGAAAGGCGACGUGCACGCCAGCAAGCGCCACCUCUGCCGAGUACUUUUACGGGUUGACAAAAAAAGGAAGAAGAAGUGAUUGAGCAGUCAAGUCGCGCUUGCACGCUGGACAGAUCCGUUGCUUGUUAACAUCCCCGCGAGACUCUUCAAACGAAACGUUCACGCAUCUUUCGUUUCUUUGAAGGCUCCCUCUAAGGAGAACAUCACAAUACAGUUUUUUAUAUGUUUCUUGUGCUUUCAUUGGGUGCCCUGGACCAGCUACAUUGCGGUUUCUUUCUAUGUCAAUUCGUAGAAUCACUGUUUUCAUUACUCUUUUCACAUCCACACAAACAUCUACACGCACCAACGCCUUCGAUACCGCCCGCAGGCAUCACGUUUUCUAGUCGGUGAAACCGUAUUAUUUCCUUUUCUCUUGACGCUCUUCUUUUGCUCUUUUCCGUUAUCAAUUAUUUUUCUCUAUUAAUUCUGCUUUUCUAAACAACCAGGAAAGCCUGCAUUCCCCCCCCCUCCCUCCCUCCUCUUUUCUCUGGUGCUCUAAAAGUAAUCAACUGGUCGUGUAAAGCUUGUCUGUUUCCUCCUUUUAAUUUUGUCUCUUGAGCAUACCACUACGUGUUUCCCGAUUCCACGUCAUUUCUCUUUUCAGCCGCUGUUAUCACCCCCUCCUCCUUUUGUGUUUUCUUCGGUGCGACACCAGCCUUUUUUUUUUGUUCUGCCUGCUUUCCCCCAUUUUCCGUUGUCAUUUUUACUGCUACAUUGUUCUUGCCUCGACACCGCUUUCCUUUCUCUCGACGUUGGUGGCGCGGUCUGUCGUGUGUGAUCUGCGCGCGUUCUCGUGUCGUAUCGUCGCUUUACUGCAGCUCUUACUGUCAACAGCGGCAUUGUGGUGUUCAUCCCACCGGAAUUGGGGUCUUCUGCUCCUAUUUCUUGCGUUUGCGCCUGCUCUUUCCGUGAGAGGGCAGUUGCAGCUGAGGGCAUGGGCCGUCACACGCGAAGCGGACGCAUUGCCACCAACGCCCCGAGCAACAUCGACGCUCUCCAGCAGCCAUUGCAGCAGCAGCAUCAGAAGACGACGUCGAGUUGUCGCGACGGGGAAACCACCCUCCCCAAAUUUGUACCUCUGUACCGCGUGGACCGCGUGGGCACCUCCACCGAUUCUCUUUCCGAGGGCACCCCUGCCAACGCCUCCACGACCGUCUCACGAGGCCCAUCCUUCAACGAUCUGCACGACUCCGACAACUUCCAGCACCGCGCCAGCACUCGCCGCGGCUCGCACUUACACAUCAUUCGCGACAGCUGUGGUGGUGGAGGUGGUGUGAGUGGUGUCCGUAGAAUGCAGCCCAAGCUCCCCAGUCGUCGCGGGUCUCUGGAGCACAUGGCGAACCUCGACGCCGUCGCCCGCUGCGUCUCAAAGGUGCCCACCGCCGCAAACCCCUUCAACACGGCGCCGCCGCCACGCCUGUCGCGACGAGCAUCAGCGUCGGAGUCCACCGUGCCUUGUUCGGUCAACCUCGCAGUGGGUGGGGGGAGCCAAACAUCCUCCUCGCGGUGCCUCUCCACGCCUCUGCAAAUGGUGCCCGCAGCGGGCUUCCUGCGGCGGUUGGAAAGAGAGAGCAGCUUCGACAGCAGCCGCAGCCGCAGCCAAGACCACGUGCCGCCCUUCAAGGAGCCGCCCUGCAGAUCCGUUCGCACCUCCGUCGCUUUUCUAACCGCCGUCGUGCCGCCGGAGGACUGCCGGCGUGCCGGUGCGCCGUCUUUGCUGACGGCAGCGGGCAGCAACGGCACCGCGACCCUUCCCUUAGCCGGCGACGGCUCCUUCACUAAUCCGGUCACCUUGAUGGUGAGCACAGCCGGGGCCCCAGCAAACGGCCCGGCGUCGUCCCUUGCCCACGUCUUGCCUGGUGAGGAAGCGCUGCCCUCCGCUUUGGCAGGGCGGGAGGAAGGCCCGGCAGCCCACCGUCGUGCGAGCGCUCCGCCGGCCGUGCGGAGCUGCCCUAUUGAACCGGACCGGGUAGACGCGUAUCCGCCCCUCUCACUGCCGCAGGCGCCGUCGCGGCUGCGCAACUCCGUUUCCCCGCUGCCGUCUCUACAGCCGCGGCGCCGUCGCAACGGAUCGAUCCGGGACGCCUCGACCUCCCCGUCCGUCGACUCAGCCGCCGCAGACGAGAAUGAGGCGGUGGCCCGCGGACGCAAACGGGCCUCCUCCCUCACCAUCUCCGCAGAGGCGAACAGCACAUCUCCUGCUACGGGGCCGCGGCGGGUGCACUUCAACCUGCAAGACCCGUUAAAUGACUCCGUCCUCCUCGGCAGCCCGAUCCAUCUUGGCGCGGGAGAAGAGAGGCGGAGCGCGCAUUGCCCUCUCCCUGCAACGGCCCCCGUCGCGCUCAACACGAGCCCGCCGAUGACGAACCUUUCCAUUAAUUCACUGGACUGCAGUGCCCGCCAAAGCCCGGGUACCGAUCUUCACGGCAGCCUCAACAACAGCAGCAGCAACAGCUGGGCGGUUCCGCCGACGAAGCUGAGCGCGUCGUCGCUAGUGGCUGUUCCCCCUGCCGCUCCCGCAGCGCCGACUGCUGCAUCGACCGUCCCCACCUUGUCGCUGCGGCUCAAUUUGAAAGACGGCCGCAUCGAAGCGCUGCCCACCACCAUCGCCACCGUCACCAGCGCCGGCGGGCGCUCCUCCUUCUCCAACUCGUCCUCCAUCAACGAGAAUCUCAGCGGGGCGACCUACAAACCGCAGGUGCCGCUGCCAAAGCCGGCGCUGAAGUCGUACUCCCGCUACAACGGCGACGCCGCCGGGGGGUGCGUCGACGCGGCGUCGGCCAGCGGUGUCAAGACGACCCUGUUCAACCAGGAAGCCAAAAGUUCCUCGAUGGUGCGCGGGGUAGUGCAUUCGCUGCAGCGCAUCGCCGUGCGUUAUCAGCGACGGCGUGGCUCGGCGGGCACGUUGAGCGAGGGCCCCAUGCUGUCGCCUCUGUCCGCGUCGCCGCAGCGCUACCGGUCAUCCGAGGUGGUUGUGAAGUGGUCUCUGCUGGGGAUGGCCGCGCUGCUUUCGAUUUUGCUGAUUUUGCUUGCCACCGCGGUCGAUUAA